GAGCGCGUCCCGCAGCCGGCUUGUCCCCUUCGCGGCCCCGGCGCUCUCUGCAGCCCGCCCGCCCGGUGCGGAGCUCACCAUGGCUGCCACUGACCUGGAACGCUUCUCGCAGAAUGCGGAUCCAGAGCCCCGGACCCUUUCCCUGGGUGGCCAUGUGGGCUUCGACAGCCUCCCUGACCAGCUGGUCAGCAAGUCUGUCACUCAGGGCUUCAGUUUCAACAUCCUCUGUGUGGGAGAGACGGGGAUUGGCAAGUCCACACUGAUGAACACCCUUUUCAACACAACCUUCGAGACUGAGGAAGCCAGUCACCAUGAGGAGUGUGUGCACCUGCGGCCCCAGACCUAUGACCUCCAAGAAAGCAACGUGCAGCUCAAGCUGACCAUCGUGGAUGCUGUGGGCUUCGGGGAUCAGAUCAAUAAAGACGAGAGUUACAGGCCUAUAGUCGACUACAUUGAUGCGCAGUUUGAAAACUAUUUACAAGAGGAGCUGAAGAUCCGCCGCUCCCUCUUUGACUACCAUGACACGAGGAUUCACGUUUGCCUCUACUUCAUCACACCCACUGGGCACUCCCUGAAGUCCUUGGAUCUGGUCACCAUGAAGAAACUAGACAGCAAGGUGAAUAUAAUUCCCAUCAUCGCCAAGGCUGACACUAUCUCCAAGAGUGAACUCCACAAGUUCAAGAUCAAGAUCAUGGGUGAGCUGGUCAGCAAUGGAGUCCAGAUCUACCAAUUUCCCACUGAUGAUGAGGCUGUUGCAGAGAUUAAUGCAGUCAUGAAUGCUCACCUGCCCUUUGCCGUGGUGGGCAGCACCGAGGAGGUGAAGGUGGGGAACAAGCUGGUCCGAGCACGGCAGUACCCCUGGGGUGUGGUGCAGGUGGAGAACGAGAAUCACUGUGACUUUGUGAAGCUAAGGGAGAUGUUGAUCCGGGUGAACAUGGAGGACCUCCGUGAGCAGACCCACAGUCGGCACUAUGAGCUCUACCGGCGCUGCAAGUUGGAGGAAAUGGGCUUCCAGGACAGCGAUGGUGACAGCCAGCCCUUCAGCCUACAAGAAACAUACGAGGCCAAGAGGAAGGAGUUCCUGAGUGAGCUGCAGAGAAAGGAGGAAGAAAUGAGGCAGAUGUUUGUGAACAAAGUGAAGGAGACCGAGCUGGAGUUGAAGGAGAAGGAAAGGGAGCUCCAGGAGAAGUUUGAGCACCUGAAGCGGAUCCACCAGGAGGAGAAGCGCAAGGUGGAGGAAAAGCGCCGGGAACUGGAGGAGGAGACGAGUGCCUUCAACUGCAGGAAGGCUGCCAUGGAGGCUCUGCAGUCCCAGGCCUUGCAUGCCACCUCACAGCAGCCCCUGAGGAAGGACAAGGACAAGAAGAAUUAACGCACGCACAGACUUACAUGUCAAGAGCGGACUUUAGACUUUCAUGUGUUAAGUUGCUUGAGUUACACCUUGUGACCCUUCUCCCAUAACAUGGUGUGAGGACGGACUGGGAGCCGGUACAGACUCCAGUGUUUACAGCCUUGCUUUGCCCCUACCCCAAUCUGGCUCCAGGCUGCCCCUGGGCCUGGCCUGUCACCCCUCUCUAUGCAAAUACCUAAAAGCCAUGAAUGCUGGAAUCCAAAACUGAUGAGGUUUAUUUUUUUCAGAGCCAGUGGCUGGUCUUCCAUUUACAGUGUCACUAUUCCUUGAUGGAGCAGUUAUGUGCCGCUCUAGUGAAGGCCCCUGCCGGCGAUGCUAGGCCUAACUGUUCAGCGUCAAGAUGGCAGCUCACGUGGUGCCUAGGUGUGGCCUGUGGUCUGGUAUACAUGCUGCAAAAUUUGCCCAAUUCCCUUUCAGUUUAAUUUUUCUAACCUAGAGUUUAAUUUCAAUAAUAACUUUGAAACACUUCUAAAUUUUUAUUUUGGCACCAGCGUAAAGACAAAUAAUAUCCUCUCCCGUUAUUUUCAUAAGUAACACAGACUUCCUGGUUUUUUAAAAACUAAAAAUAUCUCUAAACCUUCUUAUGUAAAAAAGUACCCCUAUAAUAUAAAGGGAGAGGGGGUAAUAAACUUCCUGUAAUGACAGUGUUUGGAAUUUCUUUACGGAAUGAAAGUGAACAUGAACGAGACCACGUCCAGCGUUUUUACUGUGAAUGUAAAUGGAACAGCAGCCCAAAGCCAUUGUCUCUGUGCCCCCAAGGUGCUGUAACCAGGGACCAACUCCAUGUGUGUGUGUGUUAAGUGUUCGACUUCAAAUAAGGCUCUCAAGCCAAUCCUGCGUGUUCCAAAUGAGUUAUUUCCAGUGGGGAAAAAGCUAUUGCCCCAAACUCAUUGUUUCUUUUUUCCUGGCUGAGUCACAGGACAGAAUGAAGGUCUCUGGUGUAUUUAGGACAAUUUGAGAACAAAUUAGCAGUCAAGGAGCCUUCCCCACUUCAGCUGCAUUCUACAGCAGAACAUUUUCUAAAGUUCGGGCAGCACUGAUUCUUCUUGGCUUCUGAUGGUUUGCACCACCAGGAUAUAUGAAUGUUAAAAAUCAUGGCCGGGAAAAUCGGUUGGUGAAAAAAUGAGGAGAUGAGAGGAAGACUAGCCUCAAGGUUGCUGCAGCACUGUGCAGCCUGGUGCCACCUGGAGGAAAGCCCAGCCCUCUCCUCAAGGCACUCCCUCACCAGAAGUCUUAGGAAGCUGUGUUGAUUUAUUGCUGGGCUGGCAGUUUUUCAUGCCCCCAUCUUCCAUCACUCUUUCCCCCUUUCUACCUGGCCCUGGCCUGCUUGAUUGAUUUCCAGGACCAAGUUGGGGAUUCCUCCUGCCCUUGUAAAAUGAUGUUCCAUUCCAAGUGAGGUGGAGGUAGGGAGCUGUUGUAUGUCUAACUGAGCCACAGCCAGAAAGGGGCAGUUUGUACAUAUGGGGGGCUCCAUAUGCCAAGAGUAGAGCAGGUUUUAUUUAUGCUGUAAAUGUUAUGAAAAUCCUCCAAGUGUUAUGCUAUGACCAGGGGUGGAUUCUGACUUUUUUACUGAGCUGGAAGCUUGAACUAUUUAGGACGAUUGGUUUAAGAAAAAGAAUGUGAAUGAAAAAUUAGGCACAGGGCCUUGGAAGGGACCCUGAAGAUUAAGCCUUAUCAGCUUUGCAGUUAAUCCACCUCUGGUUGUGAGUGGAAAGGGAUACUUCAUUCUGGGUAUCUGAAAAGGUCAACUGCAGAUCUAAGGCAGAUGUGGAUGGUGAGCGACUCCUCCUUGGGGUAAUUGUAUAUCUGAAAGUGUAUUCAGUUGGGUCAAAGCAUGACCUUUAAAAUAUCUUCUUGAAGCUAAUAUAUAUCUGACGAUGAGGUUCAGUGACCCAACAGGUUCAUUGGUUAUGUAAGAAAUGAGGACUCCUGGCUCAUGGCCAACCUGAGGCUUCUGGAAAAGGAAGAUUCUGCCACCCGUCCACCACACCUGCUGGCCACACCCCAGGCAUACUGGAAAGCCAUACUUGUGGCCAGUUGCUUGCCCGUAGGCCCAAGACUUCCCAACAUCUCUGGGGAGACCUGAUAGACUUGCAUUUUCUGGGGUCUGAGCUGCCCCCACAGUCAUCAGCUUUAGCAAGUCUUACUGUGCUCUCCUGCUCCUGAUUGUGUUUGGGAUUUUGUCAUCUUUAGCUGAGACCAAAUGAAUCCUUGGUAUACAAGGUGAGCAUAAUGCAUGAUUAUUUAAUCUACCCCUCAUGUAAUAUGGCCUCCAUGUGCAGAUCUGAUUUUCCCCUCUUUUUUAUUUUUUGUUAUUAUUCGUUGGUAUUACUAGGGAUGUCAUAUAGGAUCAUGUUGGCAUUUACUGUUAUGUCUCCUGAACUAUUGGUUUGGGGUAGAAUCACCAUAAAAUUUAUUGUCCAAACUAGGACUUUUGAAAGAGAAAGGGGAUGCUGUCAAUAAUUAAGCCAGGUCAACAUCCAUAAACCAGAACCAUCCCAGGCAAACCAGAAUGUGUGGUAUCCCUCAUCAGCAUAGGAGGCUUGUAAUUGUUCAGAUUGAUUGCAUUUAUGUUUUUAUUUGUCCAUGUGUGGGUUCCCUGUUUGGCGGGGUUUUUUUUUUGUUUGUUUGUUUAUUUUGUUUUGUUUUGUUUUGUUUACUAGAUAAGAGGCCUGAGGGAAGUGUGGCUUGCUAGUCUGUUAUGUUAACAUGCUUUUCUAAAACUGCUUCACUUGUUAAUUCAUUUACUCCAUUCAUUGACUGUUUUUGUUCCUUUCAGUUCACUUUGUACUUUUUUUUCCCAUUAAAUUUUGCAUUUAUUUGAGUU